AUGGAGGAGACCGCUGAACAUGCAAAGAGGGGCUUGUCUACAGUAGCGUCACCUCAGGUGAAAACGUUCUUUUCACCCGGCUUAGGACGCUUUUUCAUCGAUGGGCCCUUCCAGGACAUCGUGGAGGAGGACGGGAGCUUCAAAUAUUACGCCGAUGGCGAGUGGCAGACCUCCUCGUCGCGGCGAUCGGUCACAAUCUCCAAUCCCGCGACGCGGGAAGCGCAGUACAAGGUCCAGGCAUGCACGCAGGAGGAAGUGAAUCGCGCCAUUGACAGCGCCAAGGUCGCGCAGCGCGUGUGGGCCAAGACUCCCCUCUGGAAGCGGGCCGAGAAGCUCCACAAGGCGGCGUCGCUGCUCAAGGAGCUCAAGAACCCGAUCGCCGAGUGCCUGAUCAAGGAGAUCGCCAAGCCGGCCAAGGAUGCAAUGUCGGAGGUCGUCCGCUCCGGCGAUCUCAUCUCCUACACGGCGGAGGAAGGGAUCAGGGUUUUGGCAGAGGGCAAGUUCCUCGUCUCGGACAGCUUCACCGGCAAUGACAGGAACAAGCUUUGCCUCGCCUCUAAGAUCCCACUGGGUGUCAUCUUGGCGAUCCCUCCCUUCAACUAUCCCGUCAAUCUGGCCGUCUCCAAGAUCGCGCCCGCGCUCAUCGCUGGCAACGCCGUGGUGGUCAAGCCUCCCACGCAAGGCGCCGUCGCCGGCCUCCAUGCCAUCCACUGCUUCCACCUUGCUGGAUUCCCAAAGGGUUUGAUCAGCUGCAUCACGGGCAAGGGGUCGGAGAUUGGGGAUUUCCUGACCAUGCACUCCGGAGUGAAUUGCAUCAGUUUUACCGGUGGAGACACUGGCAUUGCGAUCUCCAAGAAGGCUGGGAUGAUUCCUCUCCAAAUGGAGCUGGGAGGGAAGGAUGCGUGCAUCGUCUUGGAGGACGCUGAUAUCGAUCUCGCUGCUACCAACAUCGUCAAAGGAGGCUUCUCAUACAGUGGGCAGCGCUGCACGGCCGUGAAGCUCGUCCUGGUUAUGGACUCCGUGGCGGACGAGCUGGUUGCCAAAGUGAACGCCAGGAUCGCCAAGCUCACGGUGGGAUCACCAGAGGACAACAGCGACAUCACGGCAGUGGUGAGCGAGGCGUCCGCCAACUUCAUCGAGGAUCUCGUCGAGGACGCACGCGAGAAGGGAGCGAGCUUCUGCCAGGAUUACAAGCGCAAGGGAAAUCUCAUCUGGCCGCUCCUGGUCGACCGCGUGACACCCGAUAUGCGUCUGGCCUGGGAGGAACCAUUCGGUCCAGUGAUCCCGGUGAUCCGGAUCAAGUCCGUCGAGGAAGCCAUCCACCACUGCAACUCAAGCAACCUCGGCCUCCAGGGAUGUGUCUUCACUCGCGACAUCAACAAGGCUAUGAUUGUGAGUGAUGCAAUGGAGACCGGGACCGUGCAAAUCAACUCCGCCCCAGCUCGGGGGCCCGAUCACUUCCCCUUCCAGGGUCUCAGAGAUAGCGGCAUUGGAUCGCAAGGCGUGACGAACACCAUAAACAUGAUGACCAAGACCAAGACAACGGUCAUCAAUCUCCCGGGGCCGUCCUAUUCCAUGGGAUGAAAAUUUAUUUCCUUUGUGAU